UUAAAUUACCCAAUUGAAUGUGUAAUGGAAAAUCUCAAUGAGCAGGUUGAUAUUUGUUAAGCUGGGUCAAAUUUGAAGUUUGGUUUUUUUAAGAAAAGAAGAAAUAAAUGGUUGCUACAAAAUUGAUAACAUUGAUGAAAAAGUGUUCAAUUGUAAAACAAGCAAAACAAAUCCAUGCACAAAUCUUCAUCAAUGGCCUUACUCGUCUUGAACCCCUUUUCAUUCAUCACAUUCUUCUCUGGGAUAUCACCAACUACAAUACUAUAUCACACUAUGUCCUCUCAAUUCUUCACCAUCUUCGAAAUCCAGAUUCCUUCUCGUGGGGUUGUGUCAUUCGAUUCUUCUCUCAAAAGGGUCUAUUUAUUGAAGCUGUUUCUCUCUAUGUUCAAAUGAGGAAGAUGGGUCUGUGUCCAAGUUCACAUUCUAUAUCCUCUGCUCUAAAAUCAUGUGCUAGGGUACAUGAUAAUUUUUGUGGUGUAUCAAUUCAUGGGCAAGUUCAUAAAUUUGGAUUUAAUACUUGUGUUUAUGUACAAACGUCCCUGCUUGAUUUGUACUGUAAAAUUGGGGAUGUGAGGACUGCACGUAAGGUGUUUGAUGAAAUGACUGACAGAAAUGUUGUUUCUUGGAAUUCUCUUUUAAGUGGGUAUCUAAAAGCUGGUAACUUGGAUGAGGCUCAACAAUUUUUUGAUGAGAUGCCUAGGAAAGAUGUGAUUUCUUGGAACUCUAUGGUUUCUGGAUAUGCCAAAGCAGGAAAAAUGGAUGAGGCCUGUUAUCUGUUUCGACAAAUGCCAGAGAGGAAUUUUGCUUCAUGGAAUACAAUGAUUACUGGCUACAUCGACUGUGGAAGCAUUGUGUCAGCUAGAGAAUUUUUUGAUGCAAUGGCAAGGAGAAACAGUGUUUCUUUGAUAACUAUGAUUGGCGGGUAUUCGAAGAGUGGGGAUGUUGACUCGGCUCGCGAGCUCUUUGACCAGAUGGAUGAUAAAGAUUUGCUCUCCUAUAAUGCUAUUAUAGCUUGUUAUGCUCAAAAUAGUAAACCAAAAGAAGCACUCGACCUAUUUAAUUUAAUGCUUAAACCAGACAUCCUUGUGCAUCCAGACAAGAUGACUUUGGCUAGCAUUAUAUCAGCUUGUUCACAAUUGGGGAGUCUAGAACAUUGGCGCUGGGUUGAGUCACGCAUUAAUGAAUUUCGAAUUGUAUUAGAUGAUCAUUUGGCCACUGCGUUAAUUGACUUGUAUGCAAAGUGUGGAAGCAUUGACAAGGCAUAUGAGCAAUUCCAUGGCCUGAGAAAGAGGGAUGUAGUUGCAUAUUCUGCAAUGAUCUAUGGAUGUGGAAUAAAUGGAAGGGCAUUCGAUGCAAUCAAGUUAUUUAAACAGAUGGUUGGAGAGUGUAUUAGCCCUAAUUUAGCCACCUAUACCGGAAUUCUAACUGCUUAUAAUCAUGCUGGAUUGGUUGAAGAAGGUUACCGGUGCUUUAACUCCAUGAAGGACAACAGCCUUGUGCCUUCGGUUGAUCAUUAUGGAAUCAUGGUUGAUCUUUUGGGGAGAGCCGGAUGGCUGGAUGAAGCGUAUAAGGUUAUAAUGAAUAUGCCAAUGCAACCAAAUGGUGGUGUUUGGGGAGCUCUACUUCUUGCUUGCAGAUUACAUGACAAUGUGAAGCUUGGGGAAAUAGCUGCUCAGCAUUGCAUUAAGCUUGAGAGUGAAACAGCUGGUUACUAUUCUCUUCUUUCUGGUAUAUAUGCCACUGUUGGAAAAUGGAAUGAUGCCAAGAAGUUGACAACUGGUGUGGAAGGAAAGAAAAUCAUCAAGAUACCUGGAUGUAGUUGGACACAACUUGUGUCAGUCAACUAAUUUAACUCCUCCAUGAUUGGGAAAAUUAGGAACAUAUAAUAUAGCUAUAACUUGGGCACAUACCCUUCUGCUUUCAAUGUGUACAUGACAUUUUUUUAGGGAUGGAAUUGUGGCAAUGAAAAGGUAAUUUGGUCUCUGAAUUAGAGACACAAUUGUUCAACAUGUUUCAGGGAUCUGCAGCUCUUGGUUCUACAACCUCAGACUCAUCCUUUUUUCCGCAGCCACUUUUUACCCUUUCACUCGCACUCCGAUGUAAGUCAAACAUAAUUUGUUCCAGAUUCGUGGAUACACAUAAAGUAAACUUGAAUUGCAGCUGAUAAACUAUAGCAUGCUUGCUUUUUGUUUUAAUUUUAUGCAACUGUCCUCAACUGUUGGUUGCCAAUGCUAUGAUCUGGGUCAUACUUGUAUUCUAGGGAGAUCUUUCAUUAUUUGUACAGAUUUACUUCGAUGCUGGGUGAAAGAUGCCCCUUUUUUUCAUUUAUUACGGUUGUUUGUUUAUAAUUUUUGUAAUUGGAAUAGUUUUAUUACUAUCAAAAAAUCGAUUAAUUUGCACA